UCGGAGCAGACUGGGCGGGGCCAGUCCCGGAGGCGGGGCUCUGGCCGCUGCGGAGGUUGUGGCGGCUCGUUUGUAAAUGCCCGGGCGGGUCAAUGCAGAUAAUCACUGCUCCGAGUGGUCUGAACGGCUGGUUCUUCUUGGAAAGGUGUUGGAAGUCAGUAGGUGUUCUGGAUCUCCCAUUGUUCAAAUAGCACUAGAUUAAAAUGUUCCUGAUGCCAACCUCUUCAGAAUUCAGCAGUGGGCAGCACUUCCUCACCCAGUGGAUGACCAGUCCUUCUCGGGCUGGGGUCAUAUUAAAUCGAGGAUUUCCUGUUUUGGAAACAGACGAGAAGCAAGCAGCUACAAAUGUUUCUAGCACCUUCCCUGUUCAAGCCACACAUUUUUCAAAUAGUUUCAGCAUUAGUAGUGAAGAGGAUUCCUUCCGUGAAGAACAGAGGUUGGAGGCUGGAGGGCCUUAUAAGCUACAGCCAGAGAACUCGGAAGCUCACGCAGUCUUUCCUUUAGCUAAAAAGGAACCAACAGAGUCCUGUCAGGAAGCUCCUGGAUGCCAGGAGGAUAACAAAAAUGACUUUACGCCUGAUCUUGCAACUGAACUCAAAGAAGCAGCGAAUAAAAAUCUGCUUUUUAAAAAACUGGAACAGCUGAAGGAAACACAGCAAAAGAAGCAGGAGCAGCUGAAGAGGCAGCAGCUGGAACAGCUGCAGAGGCUCAUGGAGGAACAGGAGAAGCUGCUCCUCAUGGUGUCUGGGCAGCGCAUGUUUCCAGGAACGUUACUACCUGAUGAGCAGAGCCAGAAGUAUAGAGCUUCAGGAAAUUUAGCCUCAGCGGAGAAAGCCACUCUGCCGUCACAUAGCUACCCAAAUCCAUCCCAAGAAAACCUGCAUGCUCCCAUCAUUUUCCCCGAUGAACAAAGCAAUUUCUGUAGAGCUGCUCAACAAGAGUCCAUCUUAACUUCAAAAAAUGCUUCUGAUUUGUGUGUUGAGUCACAAUAUCAAGAGGCACAUGUGAAGAGAAAUGACGUAAAGGAAGAAAGUGCUAGCCAUCCCGCAGGAGAAGGCCUCCUGCUGCCGCGACGGGAGAAGAAGAUGGGGAGGGGUGAGGAAGGGAAGAAUGCGAGCUUACAGAACCGUGGAGAUUCCUUGGACGUGGUUAGUGUUGAAGAAAGGCCUAUCAAAGCUGCCAUUAGAGAAAAGACGAAGACGUUUGAGGACUACCUAGAAGAGCAGAUCCGGCUGGAAGAGCAAGAGCUGCGGCAGAGGCAGCUGCAGGAAGCAGAAGGACCCCCGCCAAUGAAAGCAAAACCCAAGCAACCAUUUUUAAAGCGAGGAGAAGGAUUAGCUAGGUUUACUAAUGCUAAAUCUAAGUUUCAAAAAGGGAAAGAGAGUAAACCAGUGAGUAGCCAGAGCCCGGCAGAGGAGCAGUCUGUGUUUAAAGUAGACAGACAGCCCUUGCAGAGGAAAACUGCUCUCAUAAGCAAAGACCUGUGUGCAGAGACCCCCACUGUUAAAAAGGACAGGAAGGCUAGAACCAGGGCUGCUUCUGCCUCACUCAGUCAGAAACCCAAAGUGACCAAGAUCAGUAUGAGGGAAAGUCUCUCUCCACCAGGGCUUAAAGCACAGAUGGGAAAGAAAUGUGAUGGACAAUUUAGACAUGAGAUCACAUCAGAAAGAAACAUACAAGCUAAUAAUAAGGAAAACAUACCUGCAUUUUUAAAGUCCUGUGAUCCUGGAUGCAAAGUGUGGAAUAAAGCACAGGGGACAGACAGACUUCCUCUUUCCACAGGGCCAGUUGGCUGUGUGGCCUCCAAGAGCCGGAGUGAGAUACAGAAAGAGACAGAAUCAUCCCUUGACAUUUCUCUUCAGAAAAAAUUAGAGAAUUGGGAACGAGAAAAAGAAAAGGAAAACUUGGAAUUAGAUGAAUUUUUAUUUUUGGAACGGGCUGCUGAUGAAAUAUCAUUUUCUAGUAAUUCUUCCUUUGUACUGAGAAUCUUAGAAAGGGACCAGCAGACCCACACAGGCCGCAGGAUGUCUUCUACUCCUGUCAAAGCUGUGCAGCAGGACAAGGCACAUCAGGUGGAUCCUGGUGCUCAUGGUGAGCGCAGUGAGUGUCAGGCCAUGCUCUUGUCACUGGGCUCCGGGUCACCUGAUGGUUUGAGGGAACUGUCUUGUAAACUUAAUAAGAAAGCCUUCCAGACCAGCACUUUUGAAAACCAGAGCCGAUGGGAUGCAGGUGAUGAUGGCGUUGCCAGCAGCAACAGCAGCACUGACUCUGAGGAGGAGCUUGAUGUCACCAUAAAACCGUCCACUGAGUCUGGGGAGAGGGUCUUCAGCAACAGAGAGGACAGUCCACAAGCGUGUGACGGUAAAGGUCCUUUUAGGGACACUGGGGCUCAAGAAGAUAGAUGGAGGGAUGCUGAUCUGGAUCUGUCUGAUAAAGAGUGUAGCAGUGACGAGUCUGUCAUAGUGGAGCCGUCAAGACGACACUCCUGCCAAGAUGGGAGGAAAAUUGACUUUGAUGAUGAAAGAUCUUGGACAGACCUGGAGGAGAAUCUACAUGAGCAUGUUGGUGUUCUCAGAGAUGAAGCCAUGUACGGUACACCCCAGACACAGUGUCCCAGUAAGAGUGAAGCAUGCGUUCCAGACAAAACAAUAAAAAGGAAGGUUGCACCAGUCAAGAGGGGAGAAGACUUGAGCAAGUCUGACGGGAGCAGGAGUUCUCCUCCUCCAUCUGACUUGAUGGUAAAAUUCUUCCCUUCUUUGAAACCAAAGCCAAAAUUGGACUCACACUUAGAAAAUGAACCCAAGUUAAACAUGAGUCAAGACCAACCACCAGGUGAGAGUGUUCGGUCUCAGGUUUUGAGAGAGAAAGUUAUUGAAUUGGAAUCAGAAAUAGAAAAAUUUAAAGCUGAGAACACAUCUUUAGCUAAACUUCGCAUUGAACGAGAAAGUGCCUUGGAAAAAUUGAGGAAGGACAUUGCUGACUUUGAGCAACAGAAAGCACGAGAACUGGCUCGAAUAGAAGAGUAUAAAAAGGAGGAGAUGAGGAAACUACAAAAGGAGCGCAAGGUCUUUGAGAAGUACACAGCGGCUGCAAGAGCGUUCCCAGAUAAGAGGGAGCGGGAGGAAACACAGGCUUUGAAACAGCAAAUAACAGAUUUACAGGAAGACUUGAAAAGGAAGGAAACAAAAUGGUCAAGUGCACAGGGUCGCCUCAGAAGCCAGAUAGAAAUGCUCGUCAAAGAGAAUUCAGACCUCCGCGAGGAGAUAAAAGUAAUGGAAAGGUUCCGACUGGAUGCCUGGAAGAGAGCGGCAGCUAUGGAGAGCAGCCCUGAAGCCUGCCGCUAUGGGACAGCAACAAAAAAGGCUCAGCCUGUGUCCGUGAAUUCAUCAACUCAGUUCCAAAAGAGUCAUGUUUCUUCGGGAGCCCAGGUAGAAAAAUAUAAGAAAAACUAUUUGCCAGCACAAGGGAAUCUGGCUCGAAGAUCCAAGUCUGUGCCUCCUCGUGACUUAGGCAGCUCGGAUAAAGGACAAGCUGCCUUGCCCAGAGAGCCUCUUGAACCAGUGAACUUCCCAGAUCUUGAAUAUAAAAAUGAGGAAAAUGAGGAAGAGAUUCAGGGAGAAAUCAGUCAUCCUGAUGGAAAGGUAGAAAAGGUUUAUAAAAAUGGGAGCCGGGUUGUCCUGUUUCCCAAUGGGACUCGGAAGGAAGUGAGUGCGGAUGGGAAGAGCAUCACUGUUACGUUUUUCAAUGGUGACGUGAAGCAGGUCAUGCCGGAUGAGAGAGUGGUCUAUUACUAUGCCGCUGCCCAGACCACGCACACCACAUACCCAGAAGGCCUGCAAGUCUUACAUUUCUCAAGUGGACAAAUAGAAAAGCAUUUCCCAGAUGGAAGAAAAGAAAUCACAUUUCCUGACCAGACCAUUAAGACUUUAUUUGCUGAUGGUCAAGAAGAGAGCAUCUUUCCAGAUGGCACAGUUGUCCGAGUACAACGUGAUGGCAACAAAAUCAUAGAGUUUAAUAAUGGGCAAAGAGAGCUCCAUACUGCCCAGUUCAAGAGAAGAGAAUAUCCAGAUGGGACUGUUAAAACUGUCUAUGCAAAUGGUCAUCAAGAGACGAAGUACACAUCUGGCCGGGUUAGAGUGAAGGACAAAGAUGGCAAUGUUGUAAUGGACACAGAAUUGUAGAGAUUAUUGUGGGAUUAAUCAUGAGGUAACACUACGUGGCUCUUCUGUUCAGAGUAUGUACAUUUCUUCAUGUGUUCGGUCGUUUAAUUUAUAUAAUGUGUGUGUGUCUAAAUGUAAAUUAUGUUUGAAUUUUAAAAUUAAAGUUUUACUGCAGAGUCUCUUCCUGGUCUACAUUCUUAGAAACACAGAAGCAGCUCCCCCUUUGUAUGUGUCUUUCUACAGUCAGGAAGAGCCAAACGUUAUUACUUUGCUGUAAACCAUGUACAGUUUAUUUUUUAAACAACUUUGCUUUUUUUGGUCUUGUUUUUUAGAGACUGGGCCCUACUGUGUAGCACUGGGUAGCCAGAAACUUACUGUGUAGGUUGGGCUGGCCAUGAAUUCAGAGAUCCACCUGCCUUGGUCCCCUCAAUGCUGAGUAAAGGCGUGCACCACCAUACAUAGUUUGUGCAGGUUUUCAAAAUAAGAAACCCAAGAGGUAAAAGAGCAUCCAAUCCUUGUUUCAGAGAAUGAACUAAAAAGUGAGUGUCAGUACAGUACUGCAGCCAGUUCUUAGAUGAAAGCUCUCAUGAAUUACAACCAGAGUGCUAUGUAACUUGUCAGAAACAGAGAAGUAGCUGGUGUGAACCAGUCAUAGCCUCCUUCAUCUUAUUACCAGAGAGGUGGCAGCCAGCACAAG